UAGGCUAUAGUCUUUUGAACUAGGCUAUUUCACCUCUUGCGGAGGUACUUUAAAAAUGUAUCCAUUUACCUCUUUAUUUUGUUAACGUGUAGUCUUAUAUUUAUUUUUAACGCACUGAUGAAUGUUGGUGGUAAUUGAUUUCUUCACCAAAAUGCACUUGCCGACACUCCCUUACAUUUAUGCUGAGAGUCAUCAAUUAUGCAGCCAGGGUAGCUGCAAGCACUGAGAGCGAAGAUAGCACCAACAAUAUGGCGUCAACCGCAGUUUCUCCCGAAUCUUUUCGACAUCUGCAGUCCAGCGACGUCUUUCUGGGUUUCUUGUAACGCUUACAAAGUAGAGCUGGUUACAGUGGAUGGUACAGUAGUUGAAGAACAAGUAGCUGCAGGAUGAAAACAUGGCCGCGCCCCUUAUGGCACCACCAGGACCUGACAGCUUCAAGUAUUUCACUCCAGAAUCCUUGGCCAACAUCGAGCUCCGGAUCAACGAGGAGAAGAACAAACCGCCGCCCAAGCAGGACAGCAGUCACCGUGACGACGACGAUGACAACAAACCUAAGCCCAACAGUGACCUGGAGGCUGGGCGGAACCUGCCCUUCAUCUACGGCGACAUCCCUCCUGGAAUGGUGGCGACACCACUGGAGGAUCUGGACCCCUUCUACCAGGCUCAGAAAACAUUCAUAGUGCUAAAUAGAGGGAAGACAAUCUUCCGCUUUAGUGCCAACCCUGCCUUGUACUUCAUAAGUCCUUUUAAUAUUUUCAGGCGAAUAGCUAUUAAAAUUUUGAUACAUUCUGUUUUCAGCAUGAUCAUUAUGUGUACGAUUUUGACCAACUGUAUAUUCAUGACAUUUAGCGAUCCCCCUGAGUGGUCCAAGCAAGUAGAGUACACAUUCACAGGGAUUUAUACGUUUGAAUCUCUUGUAAAAAUCGUUGCUCGAGGAUUCUGUAUAGACGGGUUUACAUUCCUGAGGGACCCAUGGAAUUGGCUGGAUUUCAUGGUCAUUUCUAUGGCAUAUAUAACAGAGUUUGUGGACCUGGGCAAUGUAUCUGCGCUGAGAACGUUCAGAGUUCUCCGAGCAUUGAAAACUAUCUCUGUCAUUCCAGGCCUGAAGACCAUCGUCGGGGCUCUAAUCCAAUCGGUGAAGAAAUUGUCAGACGUUAUGAUCCUCACGGUCUUCUGUCUCAGUGUCUUCGCUCUGAUUGGACUACAGUUGUUCAUGGGAAAUCUUCGACAAAAGUGUGUGAUUUGGCCAAUCAACUCCACCGAGAACUACCUGGCCAACGGUAGCAAGGGCUUCGACUGGGACGAAUACAUCAACAAUGCCAGCAAUUUCUACUUUCUCCCUGGGCAACUGGAUGCCCUUUUAUGUGGCAACAGCUCAGAUUCCGGACGCUGUCCUGAGGGCUACACGUGUAUGAAGGCCGGGAGGAAUCCCAACUACGGCUACACCAGUUUCGACAGCUUUGGAUGGGCUUUCCUGGCCCUCUUCCGGCUCAUGACACAGGACUUCUGGGAGAAUCUCUACAUGUUGACGCUGCGGGCGGCCGGGAAGACCUACAUGAUCUUCUUUGUGCUGGUGAUCUUUGUGGGCUCCUUCUACCUGGUCAACCUGAUCCUGGCUGUGGUGGCCAUGGCCUACGAGGAGCAGAACCAGGCCACUAUGGAGGAGGCGGAGCAGAAGGAGGCGGAGUUUAAAGCCAUGCUGGAGCAGAUCAAGAACCAGCAGGAGGCCGCACAGGAGGCCGCCCAGGCCAACGCCAUGGCGACGUCGGCGGGCACAGUAUCAGAGGACGUGGCGGAGGACGACGGAGGGGGGAAUCUGUCCUGUAGCUCGUCAGAGAUGUCCAAGCUCAGCUCCAAGAGCGCCAAGGAGCGACGCAACCGCAAGAAGAAGUGGCGCCAGAAAGAGCAGUCUCAGCGGGAGGAGAAAGGCGACUGUGAGAAGUUCGUCAAGUCUGAGUCUGACGACGGAAGCAAAAGAAGCCGCUUCCGUUUCCCCGACAACCGGUUGGGCAGAAAGUCUUCCAUCAUGAACCAGUCCCUCCUCAGUAUCCCCGGCUCGCCGUUCCUGCUGUCGCGGCACAACAGCAAGAGCAGCAUCUUCAGCUUCAAGGGCCGCGGCAAGGACGUGGGCUCGGAGAACGAGUUCGCCGACGACGAGCACAGCACGGUGGAGGAGUGCGAGGAGCGGCGGGGCUCCCUGUUCAGCCCGUACCGGCGCAGCAGCUACACUGGCUACCACCAUGGUGGAGGGAAGAGGAACUCGACGGUGGACUGCAAUGGCGUGGUGUCUCUGAUCAGCCCGGGGCCUGGUGGACGACUUCUGCCUGAGGUGAUAAUAGAUAAGGCAGCUUCUGACGACAGUCCCACUACUGAGGUUGAGGUGAAGAAGAAGCUGUCUGGUUCCCUGAUGGUGUCUGUGGACCAGCUCAAUACCUCCUUCGGAAAGAAAGAGCGGGCCAACAGUGUCAUGAGCGUCAUCACCAACACUCUAGCGGAGGAACUGGAGGAGUCUCAGCGUAGUUGCCCGCCCUGCUGGUAUAAGUUCUCCAACAUCUUCCUCAUCUGGGAGUGUUGUCCUAUCUGGCUGAAGAUCAAGGACAUCGUCAACCUCAUAGUGAUGGAUCCCUUUGUGGACCUGGCCAUCACCAUCUGCAUCGUCCUCAACACCCUGUUCAUGGCCAUGGAGCACUACCCCAUGACCCCGCACUUUGAAGAGGUGCUCUCUGUGGGAAACCUGGUGUUCACAGGAAUCUUUGCUGUGGAGAUGUUCGCCAAGCUGGUUGCGAUGGAUCCCUACUACUACUUCCAGGAAGGGUGGAACUGCUUCGACGGCUUCAUCGUGACCCUGUCCUUAGUGGAGCUGGCAUUGGCUGACGUGGAGGGGCUGUCCGUGCUCAGGUCAUUCCGAUUGCUGAGAGUGUUCAAACUGGCCAAGUCAUGGCCCACGCUCAACAUGCUGAUAAAGAUCAUCGGUAACUCUGUGGGCGCCCUGGGAAACCUGACCCUCGUCUUAGCGCUCAUCGUCUUCAUCUUCGCCGUGGUCGGCAUGCAGCUGUUUGGCAAGAACUACAAGGACUGCGUGUGCAAGAUCGCCCUGGACUGCAAGCUGCCCCGCUGGCACAUGAACGACUUCUUCCACUCGUUCCUCAUGGUGUUCCGGGUGCUGUGUGGCGAGUGGAUCGAGACCAUGUGGGACUGCAUGGAGGUGGCGGGCCAGGGCAUGUGCCUCAUCGUCUUCAUGAUGGUCAUGGUCAUCGGCAACUUGGUGGUGUUGAACCUUUUCCUUGCCUUGCUGCUGUCUUCGUUCAGCGCGGAUAACUUGGCCGCGACCGAUGACGACGGAGAGAUGAACAACCUUCAAAUCUCCGUCAUACGUAUAAAAAAGGGAAUAGCCUGGUUCAAGGUCAAGCUGGCGGAGCUGGUGCUCAGCUUGACCAAGAAACCGCCAGUGGAGGACGAGCAGAAGCCUCUGGAUGUCAUGUACGACAAGAAGCUGAACUGUAUCGCCAACCACAGCGGUGUGGACAUUAACCGCGACCUGGACUACACCAAGAAUGGGAACGGCACCACCAGCGGGAUAGGGAGCAGUGUCGGGAAGUACAUGAUUGAUGAGGACCACAUGUCCUUCAUCCACAACCCUAACCUGACCGUGUGCGUUCCCAUCGCGGUCGGAGAGUCCGACUUCGAGAACCUCAACACGGAGGACUUCAGUAGCGAGUCGGAAAAUGAGAACAGCAAAGAGGGGGGGCUGGAUGACACCAGCUCAUCGGAGGGCAGCACCAUAGACAUCAAGCCUGACGUGGAGGUGGAGGCGGUGGUUGUGGAGGCUGUGGAGGAGUACCUGGACCCAGAAAACUGUUGGACACCUGAGUGUAUUAUCAAGUAUCCAUGCUGCGACGUGCCCAUCACUCACGGGUGGGGAAAAUAUUGGUGGUUCCUGAGAAAGACAUGCUAUCUUAUUGUGGAGCAUAACUGGUUCGAAACCGUCAUUAUCUUUAUGAUCCUACUCAGUAGUGGGGCCCUGGCUUUUGAGGAUGUGUACAUCCAGCAGAGGAAGACCAUCAGGACCAUCUUGGAAUAUGCUGACAGUGUGUUCACGUACAUCUUCAUCCUGGAAAUGCUGCUCAAAUGGGUGGCCUAUGGAUUCCACAAGUACUUCACCAACGCUUGGUGCUGGCUGGAUUUCUUCAUUGUUGAUGUGUCUAUAAUCAGUUUGGUAGCUAAUGCACUGGGCUACUCGGAUCUAGGCCCUAUUAAGUCUUUACGGACACUAAGGGCCUUGAGACCCCUCAGAGCCUUGUCACGUUUUGAAGGGAUGAGGGUGGUGGUCAACGCCCUGGUGGGAGCCAUCCCCUCCAUUAUGAAUGUGUUGCUGGUUUGCCUCAUCUUUUGGCUGAUUUUCAGUAUCAUGGGAGUCAACUUGUUCGCGGGCAAGUACUACUACUGUUUCAACGAGACCUCGGGUGAUUACUUCCAUUUCACAGAAGUGAACAACAAGACCGAGUGCUUUGCCCUGAUUGCCCAGAACAACACUGAGGUCAGGUGGAAAAAUGUCAAGAUCAACUUUGACAAUGUUGGCGCUGGAUACCUGGCUCUGCUUCAAGUGGCGACAUUUAAAGGCUGGAUGGACAUCAUGUACGCAGCCAUUGACUCCAGGAAGGUGGGAGACCAGCCAGUCUAUGAAGACAACAUCUACAUGUACAUCUACUUUGUCAUCUUCAUCAUCUUCGGAUCCUUCUUCACCCUCAAUCUCUUCAUUGGUGUCAUCAUUGACAACUUCAACCAACAGAAGAAAAAGUUUGGGGGUCAGGAUAUCUUCAUGACAGAGGAACAGAAGAAGUACUACAAUGCCAUGAAGAAACUGGGUUCAAAGAAGCCCCAGAAACCUAUUCCCCGGCCCCAGAACAAGAUCCAGGGCUUGGUGUUCGACUUUGUAACCCAGCAAGUCUUUGACAUCUCCAUUAUGAUGCUCAUCUGCCUGAACAUGGUCACGAUGAUGGUGGAAACCGACGACCAAUCAAACGAGACCGAGACCAUUCUCUACUGGGUCAACUUCAUCUUCAUCGUGGCUUUCACCACUGAGUUCGUCCUCAAGCUGUUCGCCCUGCGUCACUACUACUUCACCAAUGGUUGGAACGUGUUCGACACGGUCGUCGUCAUCUUGUCCAUCGCAGGCAUGUUCCUGGCUGACAUUAUUGAGAAGUACUUUGUAUCACCGACCCUCUUCAGGGUCAUCCGACUGGCUCGAAUCGGCCGCAUCCUGCGUCUGAUCAAAGGAGCCAAGGGCAUACGGACUUUACUCUUCGCCCUGAUGAUGUCACUUCCUGCCCUGUUCAACAUCGGCCUCCUGCUCUUCCUGGUCAUGUUCAUCUUCAGCAUCUUCGGAAUGUCCAACUUUGGCUACGUCAAACACGGAGCCGGAAUCGAUGAUAUGUAUAACUUUGAGACCUUCGGGAACAGCAUGAUCUGCUUGUUCAUGAUCACCACGUCUGCGGGCUGGGACGGUCUCCUGCUCCCCAUCCUGAACUACCCCCCUGACUGCGACCCGACCCUGGAGAACCCAGGCGCACCGGCAACAGGCGACUGCGGCAACCCCUCAGUCGGCAUAUUUUUCUUUGUCAUGUAUAUAAUUAUUUCCUUCCUUGUCGUAGUCAAUAUGUACAUCGCCAUCAUCUUAGAGAACUUCAGUGUAGCAACAGAAGAGAGCGCCGACCCGCUCAGUGAAGACGACUUCGAGACCUUCUACGAAAUCUGGGAGAAAUUUGACCCCGCCGCUUCCCAGUUCAUCACCUUUGCAAAGCUGGGUGACUUCGCGGACACCCUGGAGCAUCCCCUCCGCGUUCCCAAGCCCAACACCAUCGAACUGAUCGCCAUGGACAUGCCAAUGGUCAGCGGCGACCGCAUCCACUGCUUGGACAUCCUGUUCGCCUUCACCAAGCGCGUGCUGGGCGACAGCGGUGAGCUGGACAUGCUGCGCACACAGAUGGAGGAACGCUUCGUGGCGGCCAACCCCUCCAAGGUGUCGUACGAACCCAUCACCACCACGUUGCGCCGGCGCCAGGAGGAUGUGUCGGCACGGUGCAUCCAGAAGGCCUACCGAGCCCACCUCCUCAAGCGGGGCUUCGUCUGCAAGCGCAAGCCCAAGACCAAGCUGGAGAACGGAGGGACCAACAACGAGGAGAAGAAAGAGAGCACCCCCUCCACCGCGUCACUCCCCUCGUAUGACAGCGUGACCAAACCUGACAAGGAGAAACAGGAGGAGAACGAGGGAGAGAGGAAGGACAAGGAGAGAAACCAAAAAGACGAGUGGGAAUCAAAGUGUUAGUUAGGGUUCAGUGACUGUCGUAAGACACACAGGGAGAAGGGACCCUGAGCCCGACAAACAGACAAAUGUAUAAAAAGAUCAUUUGCAAGUAAAAAAGUAUGAAAACUAUAUAAAAAAAUGUUUACAGACUUAAAUACAAUACAAAAUGAAGGAUCGUGAUUCGUCAUUGGACACUAUGGGUCGGCGGAGGACAACCAUUGAUGGCGAUGUACAUGUUGCCUACGACGAGGAUUUAGAUAGGACACCAUAAUCAUCACUUAAGGACUUCACUGCCUAAUGAUGAAUUUCUUCUUUAUUUCUUGGAAAUAAUGUGAGGAAGAAACACUAUUAUUUAACUAACUAUCAAUAAUAACUCAGUAAUAAUAAAGGUGUGCCCGCCAUCGGCACACUUCCUGUUUAUAUGUAUGUUGGGGAUCACUGAGGAAAAAAGGGACAGAAUCCUCUGCCAACAAGUAGGAGGGAUGUUUAUUGGCGCAAAGAGUCUCUGACUGCCACCACCUUGUGUGGAAACACCCCCCCCCCCCCCCCCCCCCCCCCCCCGCAGCGAAACGUCCACCACUAUGGGAGCACCCCAGCGGAGGAACAGGACGGAACUUCCACUACAGAACCCUCUAGAACUGUUCUACUACACGGUCGGAACGGGCCUCUGUAAUAGCCUGUACAUGCACCAUCCCUUCUUGUCAAGGAAGGGUAUACAAUAAUCAACAACUAAGCAAGUUUUAAAAUACGAAGAAUCAGAGAUUAGUGAAAGAAAGAGGGGGGAAUAACCAUUAACAGUAGACCGUGGGUUUUUUACUUUUCGUUUGUUUGUGCUGAAUAUACUUGCAUCUUUACAUAAUUUGAGCAGCAAAAAAAAAAACGUAAAAGAAAAAAUAACAUUUAGCCCAUGUCACACUGUCUAUUUUCACCAUCUCUCUUUGUUAUACUGACGUUACGAAAAAGACAUUUUCUACAUGGGCUUUCACACUGUCACACUGGGUAUGGGGGCAUUAGUCAACGUUUUGACUUGGGCUGACCGACCGAGUCUCAGAUAAAUAAUAAUGAUUGUGCUCGUACAAUGCAUAGAAAUGACUUGCAUGAAGGCAUGCUUUGAUCAGGAAUCAUGCAUGACGUAAUCAUAGUCCACCAGACACUAAUUCUCUGACCACUACAAUGGCUUGACCGUACGUUUCAGGCUGUCCACUGGAAACAUUUAUAUGAGAAAUAUAACUGGAAAAUGACUGAUAUAUAUAUAUAUUAUAUAUUUACGUCUAUAUAUAUAUAUAUAUAUAUAUAUACACAUAUAUAUAUAUAUACAACAUUGAAUAAAGAGGUAUGACCUACCCUUCACUAUAAUGUUGCUUUUCAACUGCCAGACCGAUCUUUUUAUGAAACCCGUUGGGAUUUUAACACAGGAUUUAGUUAGGCAAUCGGAGACAAAGCUCUGUUCUGGCACACUAAAGGAAACAAACCUAAGUUGAAAGAUUUUUUGCUGCUCUGUAUGUUCUAGGAGGGAUAAGGAAAGUUGCUGCAGAGUUUUAUCAAGAGUGCAUCAUUUGAGUCGAGAUGGGGAUGCACAAAUUAAGAAGAAUCUUUUCAGGCUGUCCAUAGGAAUCCAACUCUGGGGCUGAAUAACGUACCGUGCUUUUUCAGGAUGGUUUUGUGUUGGUACAGUCUCUACUUCUGGUCUCCAACUUACUCCCUUGUGCUGUCGCUAUUGUUGAUGUUAUUGCUGUUGUUGUUGUUGUUGUUGUGGCAGUACGAACAGGCAAUGUUUGAUGCCAUAUCCUGUAUAUCCAUGUUCUUCACAGACGAUUGUGUAGCGAGCUCAAGUGUCAGUUGAAAUUGAUCCUACGAUGUUUCGUCCGUCUGGGGAAGAAAUAAGGAACAGUAGUAAUACAGGGAGACCGAAAUGUUUUCUGUUAUUUUUCUGAUUUUGAGAACGGUUGAGUUAGAAAUGUACUACCAAUAUAUUGUCGCUUCCAUAGAUUCCUUCUUUUUGUAUCCUUUUUAUCUACUUCCUUUCUUUUCUGCUGAAUCCCUAUUAGAAUACGAUUCACUGCGACCCAGUGAUACGCAGAUAGCUUUCUCCAGACACUUUGAGUAGCCAGCUCAGAAGUUUAAGUAGAUAUCCUCCUUUAGAUCCAGCGUCCACUGAUGCAAUGCAAUCGUUAUCAUAGAGAAAUUUGAAUUUCAAGUGGUGAGAAUGUAUGUCGUGGGCCAGAUGUUGACCCAUGAAGCAUUAGGACGUCAUGUGUGACACAAACACAUGUUCAGUCACCCCGGAAGAUGGUCGGCCAUGACAGGAUUAAGGGUUGGACCAGGGAGUAUAGAACCAGAUCUGAUUUGAUAGGCUUAUUCAGGGAGGUGGGGGAUGGUAUGACAAUGGACCAAUGGAGAGACUCAAUUAAAACUCUCCCGGACCCUCCACAGUUUCAAGACCGACUGCCAUGAACGAAGGUGAUCAGGGAAAGUCAAGGUGGCCGACCAGAGCAGCCGAGAGAAAAGUGCUUUUGUCUUGUUAGGACUGAACGCUGAAAGUCCCAUGUUUGCCAGUGUGUCAUUGUGCUUUGUGGGACCUCUUCAGCACUGCGUGUGGUGAUUUAGGACCCAGACUUGCAUCAUCCUGUCAUGUGCUAGCAGGCCAUUAGUUAAUUGGGCACCUGGCUGUCCGUUUCGCAAAGACCUAGGGAUUCGAUGUGGUCAAAGUGGUGUAAAAUGCUCUAAUAGACAUUUUGUUUUCACGAAAGGCCUUGUGUGAUCAACUCAUAUCAACACAUGAUGAGUUCAUUCAUGAUUCACAGUAGACUCGUGCCUUUAAGAACACGUGAGGCGUUUUUAAAGGCAGCUUUGAAGCUACUCAAAUCGAGCCUGGCCAUCCCCUUGCAAGCCGGACAAUGAGACGAGUCAGAUGUCUGUGAGGGACAGGCAGGCGAGAUGAGACGAGUCAGAUCUCUGUGAGGGACAAGCAGGCGAGAUAAGACGAGUCAGAUCUCUGUGAGGGACAGGCAGGUGAGAUGAGACGAGUCAGAUCUCUGUGAGGGACAGGCAGGCGAGAUGAGACGAGUCAGAUCUCUAUGAGGGACAGGCAGGCGAGAUGAGACGAGUCCGAUCUCUGUGAGGGACAGGCAUGCUAUGAGACGAGUCAGAUCUCUGAAUGACAGGCAGGUGAGAUGAAUCAGAUCUCUGUGCGUGAGUCAGGUAAGACGAGACAUUAACUCUUCCUCUUUAAAGUAUCUGAUGUUUUUCUACACAGGAGUGAUAUGUUGGUCCUACACAAACAAACAAAUAAACAAACUGCUGCCUGAUAGGACAAAAACAUAGAAUCAACGGGCACACCAUUAAAGCCAUUGUGGUGUGUUAAACACUGCCUGUACCUAUACCUGAUAUCCCCUUGUCCUUUCUGUUGUAACACUAUCUAGAGGUCUGUUUACAAUAUAAACACACAUCUCUAGAUAAUGUCCAUCUGUUUGGCUGCUGCACACUUAGACCAAAUACAUUCCUGAUUGAUCAAUCAAUGACAAUACAACCAUAAGAGCAAACAAUGCCAUCUAGUUUUAACUCAUGCUCAUCUUGGAUGUGAUGUUUUAACUGAAUGAUUCAUCACUGAUCACUGAACUUACUUGGAGGGGAAAAAAUGAACAAAAAUAACUAAGAUAUGUACAGUGCAGGCUAUGGUGGCACAAUCGAUGAAAAAGAAUGAACUUUUUGAGAGAAACUAUAAAUAAUGUACUAUAUUAUUUUAUUUUAUCAGCAUGCUUUGUUGUGUUUUUUGUAAAUAAUGAAUUUUAAAAAGUUACUACUAAUAAUCUAAAAUGACAUAAUAUAGAAUGGCUUCCAGCAAUGCCCUUUGUCACAUUUGUUACCUUUUUGGAUUUUUUGAAACACUUUUCACUUUGUUGACGGAAAUUGAAUGAAAUAUAGAUAUUAUAUAAUACAAAAAGAUAUAUACAUGUAUACAUAUAAAUGUCUAUAUGUACAUAUUAGAAAAGAACACUGUUUGUCACAUUUGAUUUGUGUGCAACACGUUCAGUGGGUGUCUAAGACUGGUUGAUUUCCAGCACACCACGGAUAUCUGUGUUGGGGAAAUAGCUCAUGCAAUGUCACUGGAACUGCUGCCGUGGAUUGUAGCCCGGUUUUUAACACGACUAGAAGACGUUUAUGCUACCAGCACAUUUCUCACUGUCUUCUGCAAAGUUGUCAUGCUUUUUUACUUGCACUAAACAUAGGUACAAAUAAACAAACACACAUACUAGGAGGAGACACACAGGCAGAGAGACAGACAGUCACACGCGCACACACACACACACACAUACAUACACAACUAUUCACUCCAAUCUAACCAAUCAAUAAUUUGCUCCAGUAAGAUGAAGUCAUCUGCCUCUUCUAGUAAAGAUGGUGUCAAUCUUUCUCAGGAUAGAUAUAUCAGAGGCUUAAGAGCUAACAUGGGGAAGGAGGAUACAAUUCACUGGGCCCAUAUGGCUUGGCAGGGCCCAACAAUGUCAAUAACAUACAGUUGGUCUGUACGUGAGGGGGCCCUGGCAUGUAUCUUUUCAGGGGGCCCAGGAUUCCUAGCAACUGCCCUGGUCCUUGCACCAACUCCUAUAUAGACUACACAAGGCUCUUGUAGGCCCAUCCACCCACCACACAUACAUCUACGUGGACUGGUAACAUUAGGCCAAACUAACCACACACACAGAAACAACCACACUGCCACACCAGUGCUGUUGCAGUUCAACACUUCAGUGUCCGACCCUUUGUGCUUCUACCAUCUGUCGUCUUUAAUUUGAAAGGUUAGAUCUGGUGUCGUGACUCCACUCAUUGGCAUGUGCCUUUUUUCUGUGAUUUUCCUCAUGAGAUGGCGAUGCCACUCUUAAACGUUCAGAAACUGCGGAAGGGCGGAGCGGAUGGGGAACUGGGUGGUUGGCGGUGGGGUUGUCGAGUUGAAUUGUGUGGAGCAUAAGUAUGUCAUGGACUACCACAGGUUAUGGCCUGCGCGUACAAUGCGAUGCCAGGAGUCAGAAAUAAUACUGCCGAUCUGAUCAUCCUAAGAACAUUUGACGGAACAAACAAACUAUCACCCCACUUCUUGUCAUCAUCUAGAAAGACUUCAACAAUGUGAUGUUACCUAGCAACAAAACAGCUACCACACAAAAACAAACGUUCCGUUUCUUGUGCUUAUGUGUGUCGCCCACUUCUAUGCCAUGGCUUGUGAAAAAGCAGCUUGCCUUCUAUACUUUAUGUUCUUUCCAUCUGAAAUUUAUUUUUGUAUGAAUAUCAAAUUAAUUAAAUAAUAGGACUCAUUUAUUUCUUUUGCAUGGAUUUAUUAUAGGCUUUUUUUUUGCUGAAAAAUAAUUAAAAAGUGCUAUUCAAACUGUUGUUUUAUCAUUUGAACACCGUGAUCUAAAAGAGGAUAUAUACAGUACAGUGAUGGUAGUGACAUUCAACCACUUGAACUCUUAGUAAGAACUUAUGAAAGAUUGUCUUCAUUUGAGCACGAACCUUUUUAUUACCAAUAAAGCAGCCUUCCAGUUACGAA